AUGGCGCCAAGUUUUGAUACUCUCUCGGAGCAAGACCUCCACGAGGAGGAGGUUGAGAUCGACUUUUCAGAUCUGAAAGCGCAGUAUGAGGUCCGACUGGAAGAGGGCCUCGACGCCUUUGUUGUGAUCGACGGACUUCCAAUCGUCCCCGAAGAAAGCAAACCAAAACUCAUCAAGUUCUUGUUGAAAAAAUUAAACACCGUCGGCAGAACGAGAGAAGAUGCCAUCUUCAUGCCCCUCAACGAGAAGGGCAUGUCUGAAGGCUUUGCCUUCGUUGAAUACGACACCCCCGAACAGGCAAUCGCCGCUACGAAACACCUACACGGCACUCCCCUGGAUAAGAAGCAUACGUUGGCAGUCAACAAGCUGACCGACAUCGAUCGCUAUGGACGAGAGGGCCGUGUCGACGAGGAAUAUACCCCGCCAAAGAUCGAGCCGUUCCAGGAGAAGGAGCAUCUGCGAUCCUGGCUCGGAGACCCCAACGCCCGUGACCAAUUCGCCAUGUACAGAGGCGACAAGGUCGGCGUUUUCUGGAACAUGAAGAACAACCCGCCCGAGAACGUCGUCGACCGCGACCACUGGACUCAGCUCUUCGUGCAAUGGUCUCCCCUCGGUACCUACCUCGCCUCCGUGCAUCCCCAGGGCGUACAGCUGUGGGGCGGCCCCCAGUUCGGCAAACAGAAGCAGUUCCCUCAUCCUUUCGUUUCUCUGAUGGAAUUCUCGCCCGGUGAAAAAUACUUGACUACCUGGUCCAGCCGCCCGAUCCAGCUUGACGGACCUCCCGGUGCGCUCUCCUACGAGGAGGAAGGGAAAAACAUUAUAAUCUGGGACAUCACGACCGGAAAGCCACUUCGAUCAUUCGUUUCCCACGAGCUCGCUGCUCCCGCUGGGCCUGACGGUGACGCUGCCCAGGCCAAGAAGAAGGUGCAGUGGCCGGCCUUCAAAUGGUCGGCCGAUGAGAAGUUUGUCGCUCGCAUGCUCCCAGGCCAAUCCAUCUCCAUCUACGAACUACCCCGCAUGAAUCUUCUAGAUAGAACAUCGGUCAAGAUUGAAGGUGUCAUGGACUUCGAAUGGUCCCCAGCGACCGUUCAACGUGAAGGAGUCAAGCAGUCUGAACAGCUACUCUCCUUUUGGACCCCUGAGAUCGGUAGCAAUCCUGCCAAGGUCGGCUUGAUGAGCAUCCCCUCCAAGGAAGUUGUCCGAACACGAAAUCUUUUCAAUGUUUCCGAUGUCAAGUUACAUUGGCAAUCCCAGGGAGCAUACGUCUGCGUCAAGGUCGACAGACAUUCCAAGUCCAAGAAGUCGUUGGCCACCAACCUCGAGAUCUUCCGUGUUCGCGAGAAAGGUGUCCCCGUCGAAGUCGUCGACUCGCUCAAGGAUACCGUCAUUAACUUCGCUUGGGAGCCUAAGGGCAACCGCUUCGUUCUCAUCACCACUGGAGAGGUACCUACUGGCACCGCUGUUCCCCCGAAAACUGCAGUCUCGUUUUUCGCUCCCGAGAAGACAAAGAGUGGUGCUGCUGGUAACUUCAAACUCGUUCGUACCAUCGAAAAGAAGACUAGUAACGGCAUUUACUGGUCACCUAAGGGUAGAUUCGUCGUUGUUGCUACUGUCCACUCUCAACAGCACUUCGAUAUUGAUUUCUGGGAUCUCGACUUUGAAGGCGAGAAGCCGGAAAAUGAGAAGGAUUUGAGUGCAAACCUGCAGCUAAUGAAGACUAACGAGCACUUUGGCGUCACUGAUAUUGAUUGGGACCCAACAGGUCGUUAUGUUGUCUCUAGCGCCAGUGCCUGGACUCACUCGCUCGAAAACGGGUACCAUAUCCACACCUUCUCCGGAACCACACUCGCAGAACAUGCUGUUGAGAAAUUCAAGCAACUAGUCUGGCGCCCACGACCUCCAACACUUCUCUCCAAGGAGGAACAAAAGAAGGUCCGACGAAACCUCCGUGAGUACUCCCGCGAAUUCGACGAAGAAGACAAGUACGCCGUCGACAUCGCGAACACCGCUAUUGUCGAGAUGCGUAAGAGACUGCUUAACGAAUGGACCGCCUGGCUCAAGAAGGAGAAGGAGAUGGUCGAAGAGGAGCGUGAAGUUCUGGGACUGCCCAAGUACGAAGAAGAACCGGCUGCCAAACCUACUCCCGGUGCCGAAGACGAUACUAUUGUGGAAGAAAUUGUGGAAGAGAUCAUCGAGGAAUCGGAGGAGAUUGUUGCAUGA